UAAGCGUUCCCUGCGUUUCUCCGAAUAUGUAUUUCCUUUCUGCCCUCCUUCCUUUCCGCACACCCGGCUCCUCCGUUUGGGCACUACUUUGUUUUGGUGUCAGCUGCCGCCUUCGGCGUACCAACGCGUUUCGUGAAUAGCUGUCCUUACGCUUACCUCUGCCUUCCCCCCCUUCACCUCGUUUCCGAAAAGAACUUUCGGAAAACCAAGCCUCAAAUUAUAAUUAGCAGCUUCUGGCCCUUUUGGUCUCCAGCCUGGCGGGGGGAGGUCGGAACGUGGGCUUUCAGUUAUUUUCGACCAUAGCCCAAGCCAACCACCUUUGCUACGUCGCCUGCGUAGCCCGCAAGUUGAUUCCAAAGCGAUUACGUAGACGGCGUGAGGGGGGCGGUCAGUAGGUGGUGCUACGCCGGCUGCGUCCGGGCCGCUGCGCUCGUGGCGUAACGUAGCGGGCGGGGCGGCCUCGGAUGGUCGGGGGCGGGGUUGGUGAAUAGGGAAGUGGCGCAAGUCCCGGGAUCGCUCCGCUGAGUCCGCCCGCGCGUCGCCGCCGUCGCCGCCGCCCCCCGUCCCGGCCCCCCCGGGUUCCCUCAGCCCAGCCCGGUCCAGCCCGGUUCCCGGGAGGAUGAAGUUCGUGUAUAAGGAGGAGCAUCCGUUCGAGAAACGCCGCUCUGAGGGCGAGAAGAUCCGAAAGAAAUACCCGGACCGGGUUCCGGUGAUAGUAGAAAAGGCUCCCAAAGCUCGGAUAGGAGACCUGGACAAAAAGAAAUACCUGGUGCCUUCUGAUCUCACAGUUGGUCAGUUCUACUUCUUGAUCCGGAAGCGAAUUCAUCUCCGAGCUGAGGAUGCCUUGUUUUUCUUUGUCAACAAUGUCAUUCCACCCACCAGUGCCACAAUGGGUCAGCUAUACCAGGAACACCAUGAAGAAGACUUCUUUCUAUACAUCGCCUACAGUGAUGAAAGUGUCUAUGGUCUGUGAAGCUGCUCCCCCUGAGGUGGGGGGUCCCGUUCUACAAAGAGAGAGGUGGCCCCCCCUUCCUUGACCUCCUCCUCCUCCGGGCUCAACCACCACCUCCCUUCUUCAGGACCUGCACUUCCUAAUGUUUGAGGCUCUCUUCCAGCCCCUCUUAGCAGGAGGGCUCGUGGGGGAGGUGACCUCUUGGACCUCUCCUUUUUCCCCUUUCUCUUACCACCCUUCCCACUCUGCUUUAGACUUCUCGAUUGUCAGUCUGUCACAUCCAGCGAUUGUUUUGGUUUCUGUUCCCUUUCUAACUGCCCAAGGGGCUCAGAACCCCAACAUUCCCUUCCUUUCACUACUUUCUUUUUUGGGGGUAGAUGGAAGGGACUGAAAUUGUGGGGGGAAGGUAGGAGGCACAUCAAUAAAGAGGAAACCACCAAGCUGAA